UCUGCAUCCAAACAACAGUUCUUUCCUUUUUCUAAGAAAAUGAAGUUCUCUCUUGUCUCCUCUUGUGUCGCACUCGUUGUCAUGGCUAUGGCAGCUGAAGCUGCUCCUUCCGGCAACAAGCUUUCCAUUCCUUUGACCAAGAAUGAAAACUACAAGCCUAGCGCUAAGGCUGCUCUUGCUAAGGCCAAAGCUAAGUACAUCAAGCACAUCAUCAACCCUCUUCACGGUACUCCUUCCAACGCUACUACUGAUGCUACUGGUGCUGUUCCUGUCACUGAUUACGAUGGUGAUAUUGAAUACUAUGGUGUUGUUGGUAUUGGUACCCCAGAACAAAAAUUCAAGUUAGACUUCGAUACUGGUUCAAGUGAUCUUUGGAUUGCUUCUACCUUGUGCUCUACCUGCACAACUCACACUCGUUACGAUUCUACCAAGUCUAGCACCUAUAAGGCUGAUGGUCGUGCCUGGUCUAUCUCUUACGGUGAUGGUUCUACUGCCAGUGGUAUCCUCGGUACCGACACUGUCAACUUGGGUGGUCUCAAGAUCACUGGUCAAACUAUCGAGUUGGCCAAGAAGGAAUCUAGCUCCUUUGCUAGUGACCCUAUUGACGGUCUCUUGGGUCUCGGUUUCAACACGAUCACUACUGUCCGUGGCAUCAAGACGCCUGUUGACAACUUGAUCAGCCAAGGCUUGAUCUCUUCUCCUGUCUUUGGUGUCUUCCUUGGUAAGGCCUCCAACGGCGGCGGUGGUGAAUACAUCUUUGGUGGUUACGAUUCCUCCAAAUUCAGCGGUACCUUGAAGACUGUCCCUGUCAACAAGUCUCAAGGUUACUGGGGUAUCACUGUCGGUGGUCUUACUGCUGGCGGUAAGAGCGUUGCUAGCUCCUUCUCUGGUAUCCUUGACACUGGUACCACUCUCUUGCUCUUGACUGAUUCUGUUGCUGACAAGGUUGCUGCUGCUUAUGGUGCUACUGCUAACAGCGAUGGUACUUACCUUAUCAACUGUAACACUGCCAGCUUUGCUCCUCUUGUCUUCACCAUCAAUGGCGCUACUUUCCAAAUCCCUGCUUCUGAUUUGGUCUUUGAAAAGAGCGGUAGUACCUGUUACGCUUCCUUUGCCAAGGGUGGUCUCAGCUUUGCCAUUUUGGGCGAUACCUUCUUGAAGAACAACUAUGUUGUCUUUAACCAACAAGUUCCUCAAGUUCAAAUUGCUCAAAUUUAAUACUUUUAAGUAGCAUUUAUUUAUUUAUUUACUUGUGUAUUAUAUCAAUAAACUUUACAGUCUUUUUAAAUCAGGAUAUAGAUUAUUGUAUAAGUGAUUUACCUAUUGAGAGCAGCUGUCAUUAGAUCACCCAUAGUUUCUCCCUUUUUCUUUUAGCACUUGCUCGAGGACACUACUAGAACGCAUUUUUCAUCUCGAGCGUUGCUUUAUCUUUGCCAAACAUGUUUAGAAAAAAAUAAAAUAAAAGUGGUACAUUUUUUUUUCAACGCAUCAAAUACUUUUCUGAAUGCUUCCAUUUUUCAUUUCUUUUACAAACCUAUAAAGUUCUUCUUCAUGGUUCUCCUUGCUACACA